UCUGCGGGGCACCGCCAGCCGCCUGUGGGGGUUCGGGGGUGGUGGCGAAGCCCGGCAGGUGCGCUUCGAGGAUUACCUGAGGGAGCCCGCCCAGGGGGAUCCCGGGUGCGGGUCCCCGUCCCAGCGGCCCCUGGCGCCGUCCAGCCCGGAGGGACCUGACACUGGCCAAAAGAAGACCCUAGACAAGAAAGAUGGGAGACGAAUGUCUUUUCAGAAACCUAAAGGGACUAUUGAAUAUACUGUUGAGUCAAGGGAUUCAUUGAAUAGCAUAGCCCUGAAAUUUGAUACAACACCCAAUGAACUUGUUCAAUUAAAUAAGUUAUUCUCCCGAGCAGUUGUUACUGGACAGGUUUUAUAUGUUCCUGAUCCUGAAUAUGUCUCCAGUGUUGAGAGUUCUCCAUCUCUAAGCCCCAUAAGCCCUUUGUCACCAACAUCAUCUGAGGCUGAAUUUGAUAAGACCACUAAUCCUGAUACAGUCCAUCCUAAAGAAGCAACUCCAUCAUCUACUUUCACUGGUAUUCGACCUGCACGAGUUGUGUCUUCUACUUCUGAAGAGGAAGAAGCAUUUACUGAGAAAUUUCUUAAAAUUAAUUGUAAAUAUAUUACCAGCGGCAAGGGCACAGUCAGUGGUGUGCUGCUAGUUACACCAAACAAUAUAAUGUUUGAUCCACAUAAAACUGACCCUUUGGUUCAAGAAAAUGGCUGCGAGGAAUAUGGCAUCAUGUGUCCAAUGGAAGAGGUGAUGUCGGCUGCAAUGUAUAAAGACAUUUUGGAUAGCAAAAUAAAGGAAUCCUUACCCAUAGAACUAGAUCAGUUAUCGGGAAGGGACUUCUGCCAUUCAAAAAAAGUGACAAGAAGUAACACUGAUGAAAUAGACUCGAGAAUCCGCGAUGCAGGUAAUGAUAGUGCCAGCACUGCUCCUCGGAGUACUGAGGGGUCUCUUUCUGAAGAUGUGUUCACGGAAUCAGAACUCUCUCCUAUACGAGAAGAGCUUGUCUCUUCAGACGAGCUACGACAAGAUAAAUCUUCUGGUGCGUCAUCAGAAUCUGUGCAAACUGUCAAUCAGACUGAACCAGAAUGUUUGAUAGUGAAAUCAGAGCCGACCAGUACUUCUGGCCACUUAAAAUCUGAUACUGUACAUUCUACAAAUGAAGCUGGGACGUUAUCUCAUAAAGCUGAUUUAAAUAAUCUUGAAAUGGCCACUAAGGGAGAAGAUCAGGUUACAGGUAAUGUUCAAGAAAUAACAGCACCUAAAGAGCAAAGCACAAGUAUAAAAGGUAAUGCAGACCAGGAUAUUUUUCUUCAUGAGAAUUUACUACACCAAGAGGGUGAAAAAGAAAAUAUACCUUGUGGGGAAGCAACAGAACUUAAACAAAAGCAAAGUGAUAACAAAGGAAAACAAGGGAAGGAACAAAAUCGGGACUCAGAGACUGAGGUAGAAGAACUACGCAAACUCUGGAAAACCCAUACUAUGCAACAAACUAAACAACAAAGGGAAAAUAUUCAACAAGUAUCACAGAAAGAAAUUAAGCAUAAAAUUGCAUCUGCUGAUGGACAUGUAGAAGGUUCUGUACUUUUAAAAGAAAAGAGAAGGCAUCGGUUGCAUAAGUUUCUAUGUCUCAGAGUUGGAAAACCAAUGAGGAAAACGUUUGUAUCACAAGCAAGUGCCACAAUGCAACAAUAUGCUCAGAGAGAUAAGAAACAUGAAUACUGGUUUGCUGUGCCACAAGAAAGGACAGACCACUUGUAUGCCUUCUUCAUUCAGUGGAGUCCAGAAAUAUAUGCAGAAGAUACUGGCGAAUAUACCAGAGAACCAGGAUUUAUAGUAGUAAAAAAGAUUGAGGAGUCUGAAACAAACGAAGAUCCUACUAAUCAAGCAGCAGCCAGAGAAUGGGAGGUAGUGUCAGUGGCUGAGUAUCACCGCAGGAUCGAUGCUCUAAAUACUGAAGAACUGCGCACACUCUGCAGACGUCUCCAGAUUACUACAAGAGAAGACAUAAACUCAAAGCAGGUUGCACCAGUGAAAACAGACCUGGAGUCCGAAACUUUUCGACCAAACCUGAGUGAUCCCAGUGAAUUGUUACUGCCAGAUCAAAUUGAGAAGCUUACCAAACAUCUUCCACCGAGAACAAUUGGCUAUCCAUGGACUCUGGUUUAUGGUACCGGGAAGCAUGGCACAAGUUUGAAGACCCUUUAUCGAACAAUGACAGGGUUAGACACCCCUGUGUUGAUGGUGAUUAAAGACAGUGAUGGGCAGGUUUUUGGCGCAUUAGCAUCUGAGCCAUUUAAAGUGAGUGAUGGCUUUUAUGGUACUGGAGAGACCUUUGUUUUUACAUUUUGUCCAGAGUUUGAGGUCUUUAAGUGGACAGGAGAUAAUAUGUUUUUCAUCAAAGGAGACAUGGAUUCACUAGCUUUUGGUGGUGGAGGAGGAGAGUUUGCCCUUUGGCUUGAUGGAGAUCUCUACCAUGGAAGAAGCCAUUCUUGUAAAACCUUUGGGAAUCAUACACUUUCUAAGAAGGAAGAUUUCUUUAUCCAAGACAUUGAAAUCUGGGCUUUUGAAUAAAUGCAGUGCUUUCUGUCUUAGCAGGAUAAUAGCCCAAACCUGACAUGGACAAGCAUUAUUUGGAAAGUUCAAGUAGCAAUACAAUGUUAACAUGUCACUUGUGCUUAAAGUUUAGUCUGUAUCACCAUUUAUUGCAACCUGUAAUUUUGGAGUUUAUUUUUCAAAUCAUGUUUCUGUCCCAGAAUUGUUUAGAUUUAGACUGUAGCCUCUGUUCAUGUAGUAUAACAGCUUGGGUUUUGUCAGAAUUUUGGCAGUAUUUUGAUUAUAAUGACCAUCUCAUUUUUAACUAAUGUUAUCUUAGUCUCCUAUUAGGAUGGUGCUCUUUUGUUGAACCUAUUUUGUUUUGUAUCAACUAUACUUACUCUUUUACUAGAGCAGUCUAAUUGGGGUACUGAGGAAAUGAAGACCAGAUACUUCUGUGUCUGUGAGGUUGGUACUUGGUGAUACUGGGACAUACUCAUACUGUUCCUACAAAGGAGAAACCACAUGCCAAAAUAAUGCACACUGCAUAAACCACUGAGUUCUAGUUUCAGUUCAUACUAUAACAUUCUCUCUUAAUUUUUCAGGUAUUUUAAAUUUUAUUGAGAAUUUUGUUUGUAAUACACCAUAGUGCAAACGAUCUGCAGGUUUGGGCAUAUGCUUUCAUCAUUGAAUUAUCUGACAAAGAGUUAUAAAAUGACAAAGGAGAAUGAGAACUUAAUGAUUCUAUUGGAUAUACUAUAUUAAGCAGGAAAAUAUACUAUUUACAUAUUUGUAGCUUAGUAGGGCAUUAUCAUAAGUACACAAACUAUGAAACAGAUGCAUAUUUCUUCAACAUAUUGUGUCAGAUAUUCUGUUUUAUAGUUCUGUUGUUUUAUCCUUGUUGCAUACCAACUCCCAAAAAAAUAGGUUCUUCCUGUUCAAAAGGAAAAAAAAAAAAACUUGUGAUUUUUUUGAGUGGUAUAUGUUAUUAAUUACCAUUAGCAUUUGCUCUUAUAAAAGGGCAGUGAUUAUACUAGAAAAUAUUGUAACUCAGUAGACUUGUUGAAUAUGCUGAUUUACUGUCAAGUGACCUCAGAAAAAUGAAACAAUAGAAUACAUAGUAGUUCUUAACCUCUUUUGUAGGAAACCAGUAAUAAGCCCUUGUGGCAAUAACUCAUCAGUUAAUUUCAAAGCUUCAUGUUAUGCAAAAAAAAAAAAUCCUGCUGUUAUACAUGUGACAGUGACUUUGUGCUGAAAUUUCAGCUAUUCCAGAUAAACAUUGUAUAUCUUGUAAAUUAAUGUUUAAAGGUAGUUUUGUUCUUAUAGAAAGUGUUGAUUGCCAGGUUGCUUAUAGCACUUUAAAUUAUUCUAAAAAUGAAAUUAUAAGCCAAAUAAAUUGGCUUUAGUAGUUUUAGCUGUAUAGCACUUGAAGAUAUUUAGUUCUUUUGAAAGUUUAGAUUAUUACCUAAAGAAAAUAUAAUGCAAAUGGAAAAGAAAAUAUGAUGUUCUAGUAUAAUAUGCUAUUGCUGAAUAUGAAUAGACAUACAGGGCAUCAUUUUCUUGUAUAUGUAACACUCAUUAAAAGUUAGUAAGAGUAUAUAGAUUAAAUGUUUACAAUAUAGGGAAUUGUAAAUAAAUUUAUCAGUUUUUUUUUCCCCUUUUGGUCUUCCACAGCAGUAUUAUUGUCUUUGUGGAGUUGACUAACCAUAAAAAAAAUCCUGUAAUGGAUUUCAGCUACAAUAAGGUCAUAGUGGUGUAUACCAAAUAAAAUUAAAUACAUAACUACA